AUCUUUUCUUUAUAUUAUCAUUUACGGAACAAAACAAAACAAAAAUGCGCGUUACUUUCAAGCUUUCUACCAUUCUUCCUAUUCUCGAGAACUGCUUGACUGAAAACAAGUUCCUUGACUCGGACAAAUUCACUGGAGCAGAUGCUCUUGUAGCCGAAGCAUUGGGCAGUGCACCCCCUCCCGAGUUUAAAAGACUGUCAGCAUGGUAUACAGAGGUGAAGAAAGAUGAUGCAGAGGCAGAAGCACUUCUUGAUGAAGAUGAAAUUGAUCUGUUUGGCUCUGAUGAUGACGAAGUUGAUGAAGAAGCCGAAAAGGUCAAAGCCCAACGGCUUGCUGAAUACCAGGCAAAGAAGGCCAACAAACCCAAGACAAUCGCAAAGACCACCAUUACUCUUGAUGUCAAACCUUGGGAUGACGAGACCAAUAUGGAGGCUCUUACCAAGGCUGUAAAAGGUAUUGCCAUGGAUGGUCUCUUGUGGGGUGGAUCUCAGCUGGUCGCCAUUGGUUUUGGUAUCAAGAAGCUCCAGAUCAACUGCGUCGUUGAGGAUGACAAGGUAUCUAUGGAUGAUCUUUCUGACAAGAUCACUGCCUUGGAAGACUAUGUUCAGUCAGUUGAUGUCGCUGCUAUGCAAAAGAUCUAAAAUCAUAUAUUCCCACCAUAAUCAUAAUAAGCCGGUAGAUUAUUUAUGUUAAAAAGAAAAAGAAAAGAAAAAAAUGUACUAAAUUUUAGCUUGAAAUCUUAUUUAAGAUCUAUAUUCUAAGCAAAGAAAGAAGAAUUUUUUUUGCAUAGGCAGCACUGUUAGUAUUUUAUGUAAAAGGCUCAAGACAUAAUUCUACUGGUUUUUAUAAACAUAUCAAGUAAAUAAAUAUAUCAGCUCUAUUAAAAGAAAGAGAGAAAAAGAACUGUAUUGUGGGAAUACUUGACAUAUGUAUAAUACGCUCACGGUAUUAGGAUAUUCACAGCUAACAAUAUUUUAUAAUCACAUAAUAAAUCAUAAUAAUUCUCUCCAC